AUGGCAGAUCUUGUUGUCGAGGCAGGUGCCGACGGCUCGUUCGAUUUAAAUGCUGUUGACCAAGCAAAAACAUUACGUGAAGAAGGAAAUGAAGCAUUUCAACGUAAUGAAUUUCAAAAAGCCAAAGAUCUUUAUACACGUGCAAUUCAACUACACGAUGUUGAUCAUUUGCUUUAUGGAAAUCGUUCAGCCGCAUGUCAUCAAUUAAAAGAGUUUCAAGAAGCUCUUGAUGAUGCAAAGAAAGCAAUUGAAUUGUCAUCUGAUUGGAUUAAAGGAUAUUUAAGAAAAGCAAAAGCAUGCGAGGCAUUGCACGAUUAUCCUAAUGCAAUUGCAGCAUAUGAACAUGUUGAAAAGAAUGCUUCGUCAAGUGAAGCAAAGAAAGCAAGAGAUCGAUUGAUGAUACUUCGACGAUUUCUUGAUGGAAAAAAUGUAUUAAAAAAAGGAUUUUUAGCAGAUAAAGGAAUCUCCUCGAUUUAUUCCGAAAAAGAAGGUUUAGAUCAAGAGAUGACUCGACGAUCGUGGAAAUUAAUGUUGAAAAAGCUGCUUGAUGGUUGUAACAAGUGUGGAAUUAAUAGUCGAGGAGAACGUGUUGUGCUUGAUGACGGUGUGUUUGCAAAAUUGCUACAAGAAGACGAAUUUCAGCGACUUAUUUAUCCUGGAAUCCCAAAAGAACAGCUUGUGCACGCACCGAAGAAUUUACAGCAAUUGUUAGAAGAUUCAUGGUAUGAAGAAGAAUUACUUGCUUUAAUGCCGAAAGUAGAAGCCAAAGCAGCGAGUGUAUUGACAAAUGUAAAGAAGAAAGGCGCUGAUCAAGGUGAUGUCAUGGAUUUAACAACAGAACGUUUGCUCAUGCCUCAAGUGUUGCAAGAGGCAUUUGGCAGAGAAGUAUUAGCAAUGGUACAUCGUGUGAAUUAUCAAAAACACGUGACAUUUGCAAAUGACGCGCGAUUACUCGCAGAUCCGACAUCAGACUUUGCUACUUGGGAUCAAUUAGAUGAGGUCUUUUUGAAAGAAUUAUUCGAGGCACAGAGUAACGUGCAAGGAGUGGCAGUUAUGAAUGAUUUCAUGGGAAUGGAGUGGACUACGUUACUGCUUAAUGACGUCAAGCGAAUGGCCAAAAGUGGAUUGUUAUUGUCGACAGCUCCCAAUAUCGACGCCAUGCAUAUCUUGAGUCGGCAACAAACCAACAUUGACGGUCCGAUCGGAGCAAAACUUCGCUUUGUCGAGCAUCAAGAUUGCACGAAAGAGUAUCCUGCUUUGACCGAAUUGAUUGAAAAGCUGCAUGCUUUACCUUAUGAAAUCAAUUUCAAGCGAGCCGAAAGAGCCAAAUUAUGUGCGCAAUUCACCCAUUGUACAGCCAUUCACCAAUUACCGUCAGGUCAUCGUCAGCCUUUGCGCUUAGAUUGUGGAACCGGUGACAAAGAUAAUGGAUACAAACUCACGUGUAUUUAUUUUUUCAAUCAAGCUGGAGCAAAACAAAAGCAGACGACACUAAAGUUGCAAACAAGUUUGGAGGAAAAUGCUCCAGUGCGUCAAAUUGAUGCUUUGCCUGAUCGUCUGGUUAUGUUUUGGAGCCAAGUUGUUUUUAAUGAAAUUUCAAAGGUACCAGAAGGCGAAGAUCUUUUUUAUCUCACGUUUUGGAUCCACGGGCAAAGCCUCGCAUAA